UGCACGCGACUUUCCAUUCACACCAUCGUGGGGUCUAAUCAGGUACAUGAGGGACAUGGAGGUAGAUCCAAAAAGUCAACAUGAUCAACGGCUGAAAAGAAGCGAUCGGGAGAAUAGGUCGUUGACUAGUUUUGUUUGUUUUCCGGGAAAGAAGAUGACCGAACACGCCCUUAUCAGAGUCCUAUCUCCGAUGGCACAAGCGAAGAAGAAAAAGACAGAGUAGCUGCUGAUGUUCCAAAAAACAGAGGCGCUAAAUCCCGAUUCUCUUUACCUUUUUUUCUUCUCUAAAAAAAUCAUCCAUUUUUACGUACGGGUUUUUGUAUUUGAAGGCUGAAUCGCUUUCAAAUACAUAAUCUUUCUGGUCGUAGUUGAGAGCCUUCGAUCAUCGCGGAAGGUAUAUUGAAUUUCGGAAGUCUGUGUCGUUUCCUCCUUUGCAGCUUCAUCUGGGAGAACAUGACUACAUUAGACGUCACCAGAGCAGAGCUUGCACUUAUAGUUCUGUAUCUGAACAAAGCCGAGGCGAGGGAUAAGCUAUGCAGGGCUAUUCAGUAUGGUUCCAAGUUCUUGAGCGGUGGACAGCCCGGCACUGCCAAAAACGUCGACAAAUCCACCAGUUUGGCCCGGAAAGUUUUCCGUCUUUUCAAGUUUGUGAAUGAUUUGCACGCUCUUAUUAGCCCCAUGCCAAAAGGGACUCCUCUCCCGCUUGUUUUGCUCGGGAAGUCCAAGAAUGCCCUGCUUUCUACCUUCCUGUUCCUCGAUCAAAUUGUAUGGCUUGGAAGAUCAGGAAUAUACAAGAACGAAGAACGAACUGAACUGAUUGGACGUAUAUCACUCUUCUGCUGGAUGGGAUCCUCCGUCUGUACAACCUUGGCUGAGAUCGGUGAGCUUGGAAGGCUCUCUUCAUCUAUGAAGAAGAUCGAAAAGGAACUCAAGGGCAGCGACAAGUAUCAAAAUGAGCAGUAUCGUGCUAAACUCCAGAAAUCAAACGAGAGGACAUUAGCUCUGAUUAAAUCAGGAAUGGACAUUGUUGUAGCGGUUGGUCUGCUUCAGUUGGCUCCAAAGAAGGUCACUCCUCGUGUAACAGGAGCUUUUGGAUUUGUCACCUCCCUCAUUUCGUGUUAUCAGUUGCUACCGCCCCGGCCAAAGUCUAAGACACCCUGAAUGUGAAAGAAGGUUGUGUUUGGUUUCAUAGCGAACUCAGUCUCUGUAUAUGGUAACCUCAGAAAUCUCUGUUGGUCUUUUAGUAAUUUGUUACUGUUACAGCUCGUAAGUAUACACUCUGCAGGAAUCUUCUGCCGAAGAAGAAGCCAUGUUAUUAUC